CUGACCGGGCCAUUUGCAGGAGGGCGGCUCCUGGCAGGAGAGGCCCCAGGCCUCCGCGGACACCCUGAGCCUGGAACCCGACAGCAGCAGCGCCGCCUGCCGCCAGGCUCGCCAGCAUGCUGCCCCGGUGGGAGCUGGGCCUCUACCUGCUCGCCUCGCUCGGCUUCCACCUCUACUCCUUCCUGGAAGUGUACAGAGUCUCCCGAGAACAUGAAGAGGAGCUGGACCGAGAAUUUGGCCUGGAGACCAGCUCGCUGUUCAGGGGACUGAAGAAGGACCCGACGGACUUCGAGUGGAGCUUCUGGAUGGACUGGGGGCGGCGGCAGCUGGCGUGGCUGCUUCUGGGCCACGCGGCCGUGUCUCAGCUGGCCCUGCGGCUGGCUCGCAAGCACAGACCCUGGAUCCUCACCCUGUACGGGGUCGGGGCCUGCUGGCGCGUGCUGGGCGCCCCGGGCCUCGGCCUGCUGCUCCUGCACACCACCAUGGCCUUCGGCGUGGCCCAGCUGCAGCGGCCGCUGCUGUGCUGGGUCUGCUCGCUCCUCCUGCUGUCCACGCUGAGGCUGGAAGACGCCCAGGACGUCAAACGUGAGACUGACCAGCAGGAAGGCUCCCCACAGACUGGGCUUGGGGGGUCGAGGCGCCUCCAGCGCCCCGAGGGCCGUGCCACCACCGUGCCACCCCCUCGGGUCCACGUCCCGUCCCUGCCCUGCCCACAGUCACGUGUCUUACUGGCUGGGCCCCUGUGCCGGCCAGCCCUGGUGACCACUGCAUCACCCCGAGUUGGGUCCUUUGACGUGGGCCUGCACGACUUCCUCAUCAGGUACCUGUACAUCCCGGCGGGCGGGUCCCAGCGCGGCCUGCUGGGGACGCUGUUUUCCACGGCGCUGACCUUCGCCUUUGUGAGCUUCUGGCACGGCGGCCGCGACUUCCUCUGGUGCUGGGCGGCCCUCAACUGGCUGGGCGUCACCGCGGAGAGCGGCGUCCGGCGGCUGCUGGAGACCCCGGGCGUCCGGGACGUUGUGGUGAGCGGGGCUGACGGUCUGCGCCCCGGGGGCGCGAGAGGGCGCGAGUCCGAGUCGGCGCGAGAAUGCAGGAAACGGCCCCGCGGAGGCCGCGGUCAGCGCCUGGCUCCUGGACCUCGUGCCGCUGGGGCUGGGCGCGUGCGUGGUGGCGGGCAGAUGGUGGCCCCGGCCCCCCGCGUCGCCUGA